UAGCUCCUCUCCCCCUCCCCGCCGCCACCCCGCGCUCGCUGCCCUCCUCUCCUCUCGAACUCGCAAGACCACCGCUCGCGAAGAUGGUGCUCCAGAACGACAUCGAUCUGCUCAACCCGCCGCCGGAGCUCGAGAAGCAGAAGCACAAGAAGAAGCGCCUCGUCCAGUCCCCCAACUCCUUCUUCAUGGAUGUCAAGUGCCAGGGCUGCUUCAACAUUACAACUGUGUUCAGCCACUCCCAGACCGUUGUCGUGUGCUCGGGCUGCCAGACCGUGCUCUGCCAACCUACCGGAGGAAAGGCCAGGCUCACCGAGGGAUGCUCCUUCCGCCGGAAGGCAGACUAGGUUCCAUGUCCGGUUACAGGAGAAUGAAGCCCUACUGAACAAUACUUUCCUGCUAGUACUUUUAUCAGUGAUGUGUACUCCUGAAGUUUUGUUAAUUAUGUCUGCCUGUCUCCACCCUGAACGUUGUAGCAACGCCUUACAUAUCCUACCCUUUGUGCUGCUACUUGUCAAGUUUUCUUCUCCAGUAUAUGUUGCUUGCCCUUCUGUUUAA